GGAGGAUUUAAGUUGAAAUUCCUAAGGAGCUUUUUUGAUCAAAAACUCUUUAACGAGAAGACUCCAAGAAGUGACGGAUUAAGAUUUUUCUUUUUUAAGCCGAGAUUUUUGCAUCAAGUAGUCAAAAAGAAUUUGGGGGCUGUGGGUUGACAGGGAGGCCCUGCUUGAAAGACAACGUGGUCAAACUGUACCUCACACUAAAAUACAACUAACACAGAGAGAUUAAAGCAGAUUUUCAGGGAUUAUCAGGGGAAAAAGGCAUUUAAAUCUGUGGCUUGUACAUAGUCACAUAAAAAAUAUAUUUUAUUAUGUGUCCCUGGUGUCUGGUCCAAAAAGUCCAGCUGGAGCCACCUCAGGAGGCAUAAUGACAUUAGUGAGGGUCAAGUGACUUUGUAAAACCUUCCUUUAAACCAGUAAAGGAGAUUUGAGCUGAGAUAGUGCCUGAAAGAGCAUUCAUCAAGGAUAGAUGUUGCCAUAUGGUGUUUAGGUUUCUUGACCGAUAAAGCAGCCUACUUAGUUAGCAGAAUGUAUUGCAUAAUAUUAAAUACCCCUUUGCCUUUCUGAUGCUGCCCAGUCACUGAUUUAAUACCAGCACAGACAGAUUUUAAGGUCAGGGGAUUUUUGGACAUAUCAGUCCCCCCCCCCAAAAAAAAACUGUCUUUUACAUAUGCAUCACCCUCAGAGCAUCUUCUCCAGCUGCCACCUACGUUUUUAUCUUCAUCUUCUGUUUUAAAAUCGUAGAUGUUACUACCUAGCUCUGUUGGGUGUGUUUAUUCACCUAUUACAUCAGAUUUAUCAUUGCUUCCCGUGUAAAACUAGCACAUAAAGCCUUAAAAUCCAUACCAAAGCAUCUGACCAACUUGUCCAAACGAUUUGUUGCUCCGGUUAUUUCUUCUCUCCUGCUUACCUUAAAUCCCUGUGUGUGUCCACUUUCCAUUGUCCCACCACCCCAGCCUUCCUCCUCCGUUUCGUGGCCAUGCUCGAGCAUCUGUCUCGCCGCUCUCGAUCCAUGCUCUCCCUGACAUUGACCUCUUUGGCUCUGACCCUCUCCAUCCUGGCUCUCUGCACCUCCUACUGGUGUGAGGGCACUCACAAGGUGGUCAAGCCUCUCUGCCUGUCACCUGUCAAAAUGAAGAACUGUGGUCAGAACAACAGUGAGCCUUACACAACAGAGAGCCCCACACAAAACCCUUUCAACCACACACUGUCUCCAGCCAGAAGAGAAGAGCUGGACAAGAUCAGACAAAGGCAGCUGGCUAAUGCUGUACACUACAUCUGGGAGACAGGGGAGGACAAGUUUGCCUUCAGAUACUUCCAUACCGGCUUCUGGGAAAGCUGUGAGAAGCAGAAUGAUGGGGAGGUAUGUCGCAGCUUCAUCGACUUAACUCCAGGGGAAACACAAGGUGUGCUUUGGCUGUCGGUUAUUUCUGAGUUUACAUAUAUUGGCCUGCUGGGGAUGGGCUUCUUACUGAUGUGCCUGGAAGUCAUGUGCUCCCAUAAAGAGAUGCACGCACUAAAAAUCAAUGCCUUCGCAGCUAUUUGUACUGUGCUAUCAGGUCUUCUUGGGAUGGUAGCACAUAUGAUGUUCACCACAGUAUUUCAGAUGACAGUCAUUGUGGGCCCUAAAGACUGGAGGCCUCAGUCCUGGGACUACGGCUGGUCAUUUGCCCUUGCCUGGGUAUCCUUUAGUUGCUGCAUGGGGGCUGCUGUUGUCACCCUCAACUCAUACACGAAGACCAUCAUUGAGAUCCGUCGCAGGCAGAGACUCCGCUUGGAUGAAGCGAGAGCUGCAGCUCAGGCUCCAUCCUACGAUGAGGUGGUUCGAGGAGCAGGGCUGUACUCCGUCAGUGGCCUGCUGCACUGUCAGGACGGGAUGAUUGACGUGGCGUGGGCCCCAAAUGGCAGGAUGGUGGGAAAUGGAGACGUACCGACGCUGGUUUUAGUGGGAGGCUGUGGCCCAGAGGGGUGUGAGGACUGUGAGCGAGAGAGGGACGAGAUGGAGGUGGCCAUGGAUCGAAUUGAUUCACCUUGUUAGGAGAACCAGUUAUGCACAUAAACUAAAAGGGCUAAAUUAACACAGCAUCAUUGAUAAGAGUGCUUGUUUGUUUUGAUUUUUUUUUCCUUGGAACACACUUAUCUGAGUCAAAGGUUGAUCAAAUUGCUAAACACAAGUGGACGGCGGUUGUUAAAUCAAGCCAGUGACAGAUUUAAAACAGAGAAGACAUGCCUCCAAGAGAUGCUCAAUAAGAUGGUUAAUAAACAAAGCUAAGCUGUGCUGCUAUAGAGGCAAGAACUGUAAAAGGUGAUGAGCGCCGCUCUGUUAAAACGUAUCAAAAUGUGAAGACUGAUGCAUGCAUAGGUCAGACUUGCAUGCAAAGCUGCAUGUUUUACGCUUCUGUGCCUAAUGAUAGCAAAGCAAAUGUAUGUUUCUACAUGUAAAUAUAAAAAUGCUUACCUUAUUUUUUUGUUUAUACCUUCAAGGCAUCAAUUUAUGUCACAUAUUUGUCAGUCUAAUAUAGAAUAUCUAAUAACUAAUCAGAAUUGGACAUUAAAGGUGUUUCUUUUUUUUUCCAACAUCUGAUUUGUCAAAUGACAAACCUAUGCUAAACGAUGAACCUUUAAAAUACAGUGUAUGUGUGAAGACGAGCAGACAGACCCACAGAGAUAAAAAGAUUACAGAGAUUUUGGAAAAGUCUGCUCUCAUGUUGAACAGAAGAUUAUGUGUAAACCAUUAAUCCUGAGUUGGACAGAGUGGAGGAGGAGCAGAGGAGACAUGCUGAAGGGACAGAGAAGAGUGAGUUGUCGGGGGUCAGAAUGAAAGUUGGAACGAAAUUCUGGCAUAUUCUUCAAACAGAGACUGACUGCAUGCACCUUAGCCUCAGCUUCACCAUACCAUUAUUACAGGUUUAUGGAUGUAUUUUUAAUACUUACUGAGUUUAACAAAAUAUUAUAUAGGCAUUAAUUCACAACGCUAGAUAAAAUGGCCUAAAUAUACCUUCAGUAUCUGUAGGUUACACUUUUGAGAUAAUCCAGGAUUU